UUGGGGCGCAGCGUGAGACCGGGGAUGGUUUAGUGGAUGUCGCGGGGGGAGCUGUAAAACCAAGACAGAAUUGAGGAGGGGUCUUCCCUUAACCCCCCCCUCUCAUUACCCAGACCCACAGCGCAGCAUGGAGCCCCCCCUUUCCCUGCCGGCGGGCUGCGCACCCCGCAGCCGGGUGCCGCCGCUCCCCGCGGCUCCGGGCGGCGCCGGUGCCGGUACCGGUACCGAGCUCCGGCGGCUGCACAGCCCGAGCCCAGUCCCGGGCGGUACCGGUACCGGUACCGAGCUGCGGCGGCUGCACAGCCCGAACGCGGCUCCGGGCGGUACCGGUACCGGUACCGAGCUGCGGCGGCUGCACACCCCGAGCCCGGUCCCGAACCUCCCCGCGGCUCCGGGCGGCGCCGGUACCGAGCUGCGGCGGCUGCGGUUCCGCCAGUUCCAGUACCGGGAGGCGGCGGGGCCGCGCGAGGUGUGGCGGCGGCUGCGGGAGCUGUCGCGGCGCUGGCUGCGGCCCGAGGAGCGCAGCAAGGAGCAGAUCAUGGAGCUGCUGGUGCUCGAGCAGUUCCUCAGCAUCCUGCCCGAGGACAUCCAGAGCUGGGUCUGGGUGCGGCACCCCGAGUCCUGCGCGCAGGCCGUGGCGCUGGCAGAGAGCUUCCAGCCGGGGGGAGCGGAUCCCGGCGGGAUCUGGGAGCAGCAGGUGACCGUCAGGGUCAAGGUGGGGGACAGGGAGGAGCCCGGAGACUUGGGGACCCCCACGAGCCCCUCCUCGGAGCCCCCGCGGGAGGAGGAGGAGCCGCAGGAAGGAGACCCCGCGGCGCGUCGGGCCCCGCUCCCCGCCGGACCCGGAAGUGUGCGCCCCGCGGCCGUUCCCCUGCGGCCAGUGCGGGAAAUCCUUCGCCCGCCGCACGCACCUGCGCAGCCACCAGCGGACGCACACCGGGGCCAAGCCCUACGGCUGCGGCCACUGCGGCAAGGCCUUCGGCCACCUCUCCACGCUGACCACGCACCGGCGGCUGCACACGGGCGAGCGGCCCUACGGCUGCGGCCACUGCGGCAAGGCCUUCACCAACCCGUCGGACCUGCGCAAGCACCGGCGCUCGCACACGGGCGAGCGGCCCUACGCCUGCCCGGCCUGCGGCAAGCGCUUCAGCCAGCGCUCCAACCUCAGCCUGCACCGCCGCAGCCACACGCAGGAGCGGCCCUUCCCCUGCGGCCGCUGCGGGAAAGGCUUCAAGUACCUGGCGGACCUGAGGGUGCACGAGCGCUCGCACACGGGCGAGCGGCCCUUCCCCUGCGGCCACUGCGGGAAGGGCUUCAGCAACAAGUCCUCGCUGGCCCGGCACGCGCGGAUCCACGCGCGGGCGGCGGCCGCGGGCGAGUGAGGGCGGGCGGGGCGAGGCGGGGCGGGCGCGGUGCUGCUGGGGACGGGAGCCGUGUCUGCCGGCGGCUGGUGGCCGCAGCAGCGGCCUGAGGUGGCCCAAACAUGGAUGAGGAUGGACGUGAGCCGGUGUUUGAUGUCUCCCAUGACCUGGUGGCUCCGUGAUCCCAUUCCCACAAGAAAUUUGGUGUUUCCCCACAUCCUGUCUUCCCCCUCCCAGGAAAUUUAGGGUAUCCCCAAAUUCCUGCUGCCCCUCCCGCCCAGCUUGGGGUCUCCCCAGCUCUCUGCCCCUCCCCAUCCACAGCUCCCUGGACCCCCCUCAGAAUUUCAGGAUCCCCCCAAAAUCCUGGACAUCCCCCCUCAGCCUUGGAAUGGAGUUUCUUCCUUGAAUUUUGGGAUUUUUUUCCCUCCUGAGUUCCCCAGGGACACCCCACCCUCAAGAUUCCUUUGCAUCUC